CAGGCAUAUAACGGGCACUCUUUCCGGCGGUGGUUGGUCUAUCCAUUGAGCGUCUAACGGCAGCUGGAGAGCAGCGAGAGAGGGGGUCGCGGUCGCCUCUUUUUCCUGCCUCUCUCUCUCUCUCUCUCACACACACACACACAUCGCGCGACCCAGACAACAAUAGCCACAGCCCAGCUGCCGAGAGAGAGAGGAGAGACAACAUGUCUGACGAAGGGAAGCUUUUCGUCGGCGGUCUGAGCUUCAGCACGGACGAGCAGUCGCUGGAGGAGGUUUUCUCCGAGUACGGGCAGAUCAGCGAGGUGCGGGUCAUCAAGGACCGCGACACGCAGCAGAGCCGCGGCUUCGGCUUCAUCACCUUCGAGAAUCCCGGCGAUGCCAAGGACGCGCUGCUCGCCAUGAACGGCAAGUCCAUCGAUGGCCGACAGAUCCGCGUGGACCAGGCCGAGAAGAAGUCCGGGGGAGGAGGAGGAGGAGGAGGCGGAGGUAACAUGAGAGGCGGCUACCGGCGCCCCGGCGGCGGCUACGGAGGUGGUGGAGGAGGAGGCGGCGGCUACGGAGGUGGAGGAGGCGGCGGCUACUACAGCGGCCGGAGCGGCUACGGCGGGUCCAGUCAGUACAGCAGCAGCUACAGCGGCGGCGGCAGAAGCGACAGCUAUAGUGGACCCCGAGGCCGGGGGUAUGGCGGGUACGGCUACAGUGGGAGCCGGUCCGGACAAUAUGACAAGUAUUAACUAGUUAAGGGAGAGCCAGAGAACCCCCCCACACACCCACCCACACACACACACACCCACACACACACACACA